AUGUCGUUCCGCGAGCAGGGAAAUGAACAUUUCAAGGCCGGACAGUUCAAAGAGGCAGAAAGUCUUUAUACACAGGCAAUUGCUGAGCACUCACGAUCCGAUCCUAAAGUCUUUGCUAAUCGAUCUCUCACGCGACUGAAACUGCAAGACUGGCCUGGCGCAGAGUCCGACGCUAGAAAAGCCAUUGAACUCUAUGGACCCAAGAACAAAGCCUUAUCGAUGAAAUCGCACUUCUAUCUCGCGCAAGCCCUUCUGCCACAACGACAUGUUGGUGAAGCUCUGGAGGAAGCCAAGUGCGCAUACUCCAUAUGCCUGGACACCAAAGACUCAAGCGCAGAAGUGAUCAGUCAAUUCAUUCUCAAGGCGAAACAGGCGCAAUGGCAAAGCAAAGAGACGGCCCGAUUGAGAGAGAUGAAUGAGACCCUUGCUCUGGUCGAGGACCUGUUGAAUCAACAGUUGGAUCGCGAUUUGAAGGAUGUUAACGAAAGAUUUGCAAGACACGAAAUCGGUGAGACCGGCAGAAGCGAGGAGAUAAUGGAACUGGAGAGAGAAACAGAGACCAGGCGCAGCAUCAUUCGCAAGGCGUUCCAAGAUCCUGCUGUUCCCGACUCUGCCGAAAGGGUCGUACCCGACUGGCUGAUUGAUCCCAUCACAUUUGAAGUCAUGCAUGAUCCCGUCAUUACUCCCACCGGGGUCUCUUUCGAGCGGGUCAGUCUUCUGAAGCACAUUAAAGCAAAUGGCUGCGAUCCUUUAACCAGGCAGCCCUUGCAUGCGGAAGAAUUGAUCCCCAAUGUGGCACUGAAAAAUGCCUCAUCAGAGUUUCUGGAUAAAAAUGGUUGGGCAGCUGACUGGUGA